AUGCAUUACUCGAAGAUACCGUCUAUAUCAGUAAUGUCUUCUACUCCUCCGUCGAAUACGUACCCACAAUUAAAGAGACAGAGACUAUCAACAUCGAUGUUGCAAGAUGUCACCAAUCAAAUACACUCUACGCCUCCUCGUCGCAGUAUUACAGAGGAACCAACGUCUCGAAGGACUAAAUUGAUGAACAAAUAUGUGUUCGGAGAUGCAAGCGUUAUUGAGGAAGUCAAGAAACGGGAGAGAAAGAUCAUGAAGGAUAUAGCGCAUUUUAGGAACGCAAUUGCAGAGAUUGAGAAGGAAACUAUCCAAAUACGAGAGCAGCAACUACCAGAUAUGCAGUAUGAGAUUUCCAAGAGGCUCACGAUGUGUAAUGAGGUGAAGAAAGAGACUAGCCAGUUGACAACACAACUUGAUAUGAAGGAUCGUGAAAACGAUUUGUGCCGCAAGAAUGAAGAGCUUGACAUGGCAAAUAUGCAAUUAAAACACUCUGUGGAAGUACAAGAAGUGGAAAAUCAAUUGAAACAGGUACUUGAUGAUGAAAAAUUGAAGUGGGAUAAAAAAAUCAUGGAACUGGAGAAUCUAAAACCAGAUGAAAAGGUCGCGCAAGAGAUACAUCAGUUAAGGGAUGAGCUUAAACAAGUUAACGAACAAUGGGAGGCUUUGCAACGUGAGAACCAGGAUAAAUGUACCGAAUAUGAAGCAAAGUUUAAGGAAGAUUUGGAAGAAUUCAAACGCUUUAAACAAGAACCGAUGGAUAACCUAGAGAAAGAACAGGGGAAGCUUCUUGACAGGCACAAGAAACUUCAAGUUGAAUGUGAUCAAUUGGUAAACCAGAUAGAUAGUGACAAAAAAGAAUUUAGCUCGAUAGAGCUAAAGAUUAUGGAUAUUCAACAGAAAAUCACUGAUACAAUGAUUGUUAACCAGCCGUUGGAAGAUGAACUGGUAGUGUCACAAUCGCACUAUGAAAAGGCAAAGCAAGAAACAGAGGCUAUACAGGAGAUAGCGCACGCAAGGGAGUCUUACUAUAAGGGUAAAUUUGACAAGAUGGAAGAAGAACAGCUAAGAAGAAGGAAAUUAGAGAACACUAUAGAAGAAUUAAAAGGCGGAAUCAGAACUUUUGCGUAUAUAACGAAAAAGGGUCAGGACGACAACUUAGGAGUAAAUUACUCCGAAAGGACAUUGACAGAUCUUCAAAAUGGUCAGAUAUUCCAGUUUAGUCGGAUUAUACCUUCUGAACUCGAGACAGAGAAUGAUCUUUUGUAUCAAGACUGUGAGAUGUAUCAUGAAAUGUGUCUAAAAAACCGUUUGAACUACAAUCUGAUAUCUGUGAGUCAAAAGCCUUGGGACGCCUUAAGAAUUGCCCUCUUGGAAUUUAUCUACACAAAGUGCCAUGAUCAAUUCCGAAUAUACCUGCAAUAUGUGUUCCUUUCAGAAGACUCUCCUUCACAAGACUUGAUGCUGCCGAGCUCCGAGAAGUGCGAUAAUGAGAUUAAGUUAAAAAUACAAAGAGAAUGUAUAGAGCUGGAUUCCAAGUCUACCGAGAUGGUUCACGGUCUGGAUGAGCUCCCUCUAAGCAUUAAGAAGGAAAGAAAGACUAGCAUACCAGGAAUUGGAAUCUUGAAGUUUCAACUUGUAAGCUCCGAUUCUGAUAGGAAGCCGCUCAAUUUUUACUUCAUCGAAAUAAACGACCCAACCACCAUACUAACCCUUGAUAGAGUUAUCAGCCCAGAUAACGCGAUAAAAUCUCCAAUAAGUCUAAUUAUCAAGAAGCUAUUAUCAGACACAACUUCGUGCUUUUUAUUUGAUAUUAACGACGGUGAGAACUACGACAGUCUUCUUGAAAUAUCAAAAAAACUGACUCAAAUGAAAAUUGUGAAGAAUAGAAGAAUCUCAAUAUAA